AUGAGUAAAAGUAAGGACGGUGAGAGUAUUAUUACGCAGUUAGAAUCCAUAACAAAUCAAGAUCAAUCAUUGUGGAUGGCAGAGAAACAGCCUAGUACAGAUGUAAACAAAGGAGAUGAAACUAAUAUGUCAGUUAGAUCUAAGACUAAGUCAAAACAAUCGGGUGUAUCCAGUAUUUCAACUGCCCGAAAAGCGGCAAUAUUAUCAAAGAAAUUCGAAGCUGAAAAGGCAGCUCUUCGUUUAAAGUUGUUGGAAGAGGAGAGUGUACAGUGUCAGGAAGAGGAAAAUGAGCUACAAAUAUUGCAACAGAAACAGCGUCUGCAAGAAGAAGAACAAAAGCGUCUACAGGCGGACCUUGAGAAAGCAAAGGUCCAAGCAGAACGUCGCAAAAAAUGGCGAGAAUUACAACAGCAAGCUAGAGAGUCUCAACUUGAGUAUGAACAUGCUGUGAACGAGGAAGAAUGUAUGCGGGAAGAAGAGAAUAGAUCAAUGAGACAAGGACUAGUCGAGUUACUCGGCAGCGAAACACUGGAAGAUCGUGUUAUGCGGCUAGGCCAGGAUGAAACAAGGAAUGACAAUCAGGAUAAUUUGUUGAGUGGGCCAGAGCAACCGUUAGAUAGGCAGAAUACCACACACACCAUUCCAGGGACAAAUGGGGAUAAUCAGGUACAUAGUGUUAGAGCAAGGGACAUACAGGGAACUAUAAAUGAGACGGUGUAUAACCCUGAACAGGCUAAUAGAUUUAGAGCUGAGAAUACUAUCCCAAACCUUUCACAGCCUAAAAUUCAAAAAGAGACAGCCCCAACUGAAAGCCUUUUAGAGAAAAUGCUACCUACCCUUAUCAAGAUGGAAAGACCUAAACUACCAGUAUUCGACGGCAAUCCGGUUGACUAUGCUAGGUUCAAAGCUUGUGUUAAAGUAGAGAUUGAACGGAAAGGGGUGUAUGACAAUGUUGAAAAGCUCAAAUUUCUUCUUGAUGCUGUGACCGGGUCGGCAAAAUCCUGCUUAAAGAGAUUUAUCCCAGGAUCUGAGAGAUAUAAAGAGGCGUGGCAAGCCCUAGAUAAUCGAUUUGGUCAGCCAGACGUGGUAGUAGCCGCCGCAAAGAAGAAAAUUGAUGAGUUUCCUGACAUUCCAACUGAAAAUGCUGAGAAAAUCAGAGAGUAUCAAGAAUUGGUUUCAGAGCUUGUUGGUGUCUACAAAGAACUUGACUUUGCACAUGAACUAAAAGCUCAGUUACCUGAAUCAUAUGUUAAGCGUCUCCCAACUCGCCUUUGUGCUCGAUGGGGUGAAAAGGUCGAAGGUAAGCCUGAGCUGUCAACUUGGGAAGAAUUUGCAAUUUGGUUGGAAAAAGAAGCGAAAUUAUGUGAAGGGAAACAACGAUGGAUGCCAGAGAAAAGGGAGAGAAGGAAAAGUUCCUGGCAAAGUGGUAGUUACAAAGAUACAAGAGGUGAUCGAUACAAGUCUGGAGUAUUUGCUGGAGCCAUGCACGAGUCUUCAAAUAGAAAUAGACCACGUACAGUCGCUAAAUGCCCGAUCCAUGAAUCAGGUAAACAUACACUACAAGAAUGUCGAAAGUUUACAAACAUGUCAGUAGACGAGAAAGAGAAGUUGAUGCUUGCGAACAGACUGUGUCUGUCUUGUCUAACUCCAGGACAUAGAUUGAGUCAGUGUGAAGUAAAGGUGAAAUGUCGAGUAGAGAGCUGUGGAAUGCGCCAUCAUACAUUAGUCCAUGAAGUGGACAAGAGGUUUAUCGAAAGAGCGAAAGCCAAGAAACAAGAACAUGGAACGGCGAAAUCGCCACCACCUCCAUCUCCUCCACCCACUAAUGAACAAAAUGUUGGGUUUUAUGGUAAGACGGGGUAUUAUGGUAAAGGACAGGCUUUGGUAGAAGUCUUACCAGUAGUUUUCUAUGGAAAGAACGGGGAAAGGCAGACAGUUAUGGUCUUACGAGAUAAUGGAUGUAAUACAACCUUGAUGGACGAAGAGCUAGCAGUCGAGUUAGGUUUGGAAGGCAGAGAAAUAGGCCUUGAGUUACAAGGGAUAAACAGUCAAAGAGUUGUGUCUUCAAAGCACAUCAGUAAGUGUCAAAUUGCUCGAGUUGGGAAAGAAGAUAAGAAACUUUAUUUGCGUGACAUUAAGACAAUCAAGGAGCUAAAUGGCCCUGACCAGAAACUGCGAUGGUCCGAGCUUAAACGUGACUUCCCACAUCUACGUGAUUUGGAUAUACAUGACACAGAUACUAAUCCAGUACAAGUCAUCGUUGGCACCAACAACUCCGAGUUGAUACUCCCGAGAAGGAUUGUGAAACCUGAACAGGUGUCUGACCGAGACCAAUAUCCAUAUGCGGUGGAGUCACGACUGGGCUGGGCAGUGACUAAUUGGCUUCCGGGGAGAACCGUCUCGCAGUAUUCAACAAUGAAAGUGUAUCAUAGGGAAGUCAAUGUUGAUGAUGAUCUCAAGCGAUUGGUCUUGGCUCAGUCAGCGGUCGAUGCUAUUGGUGUGAUUAAAGUUGCAAAUCCUGUAAGGUCAAUUGAAGAUAAACGUGCCUUGGAAGUUAUGGAACAAUCCACGAGAAAGAUUGAGAACGAAGAUGCUUAUGAAUCAGGACUUCUCUGGCGAGAGAAAGAACCGAACUUGCCCAACAAUUAUGAGAUGGCUUUACAACGCCUACAUUCGCUUAAUAAGAAGUUCAAGUCACGUCCUGAAAUGAGAGAAAGAUACUCGAAGUCGAUUAAAGAAGAUGUUGGAAAAGGGUUCGUAAAGAAACUAACGAAAGAAGAAAUCAAUCAAACGAGUGAUGUGAUAUGGUACCUACCUCACAGAUAUGUCAUCAACCCGAAAAAGCCACAGCGCCUGAGACGAGUAUAUGAUGCGUCAGCAAAGUAUCAAGGACAAAGUCUGAAUGAUAAUAUUUACACAGGUCCGGACAUGUUGUCUUCGUUGUUGGGAGUACUGUUACGAUUUUGUGAAGGGCAGAUUGCUUUGGCUGCAGAUGUGAAGGAAAUGUACCAUAUGCUUCGUCUGCCGGACCGCGAUAAGCCAGCAUUACGAUUCUUGUGGCAUGAUAACGAAGAUGCCUUGGAGCCUGAUGUGUAUCAGUUUGAACGGACUGUCUUUGGCGAAGUGUCUGCCCCAUCCAGAGCCAAUUAUACAAUGAGACGAAAUGCAGAAGAGAACGGAGCGGACCUUCCCCUGGGAGUCAGAGCAGUGGAAAAACAUUUCUACAUGGAUGAUGGUUUACCAUCAACAAACUCACAGCAGGAAGCUAUUGAGAUUAGGAAGCAAAUGACCGAACUUCUCAGACGUGGAGGAUUCUACCUACACAAAUGGUUAACAAAUGAUCCUGAAGUGUUAGCUACGAUUCCAUCAGAAGAAAGAUCACCGAGAUUCUUAGAGUUGACUGAUGGUAAGCUACCAACCGACCGUGCGUUAGGAUUGAUUUGGGACGCAGAAGAAGAUACCUUGAAAUUCACGGGUCCCGCUGGUACACCUGGGAAAACCAAACGGCAGAUCCUUAGCCAAUCAUUCUCCAUUUGGGAUCCACGUGGGCUGAUACUUCCAUUCUCUAUCAGAGCUAAGAUGUUGUUACAGAAAUUGCAUCGUAAGAAGAUCGGAUGGGAUGAUGAAAUCAAUGAUGAUGAACUGAAGGAAUGGUUCGCAUGGUGUGAAGAAGUAAAAGAAUUGAGCAAUAUCGAGAUCCCAAGGGCUCUUAUGGGUAAGCCCUGUAAAGAUAUGAGUUCAGAGAUUCAUGUUUUCUGUGAUGCGAGUCAAGAGUCAUAUGGAGCCUGUGCGUAUCUAAGGUGUGAAUUCGAGGAUGGGACGGUCGAGUGUCGACUUAUUGCCGGAAAGGGUAGAGUGGCACCCUUAAAGGCUCAUUCGAUUUGUAGAUUGGAAUUGAUGGGAGCUUUAAUCGGAGCGAGAUUAGCGGAGACUGUAGUUAAAGAACUGACAAUUGAGAUCAAUGCUGUUGUAUUCUGGAGUGAUUCGACUACGGUACUACAUUGGAUAAAGCAGAUAAGUUCUAGCUACAAAGCUUUCGUAGGAAAUCGUGUUUCUGAGAUCCAUUCAGUUGUUCAUGAAUUGGAAACCAAGUUGGGAGCAGAUACGGUGAGUUGGAGAUAUGUUCCUACAGAUGUUAAUCCUGCUGAUGACAUCUCUCGUGGGUUAUCACCAAGUGAGUUGACCAUGGGACACCGUUACCUGAGUGGUCCGGAGUUCCUGAAAACGGAAAGGGAGAAUUGGCCAAAGAAUAAAGUGAACCCCCCAUCAGAAAGGGACACGGAAGAAAGAAAGGAAACCAAGUGGACAGGUACUUUUCAAGAGAAAACACCUUUAAUCAGUUGGAAUCGGUUUUCGUGUCUGGGAAAGCUAAGACGAGUGAUGGCUUAUGUGCUACGGUUUGUCACCAACUUGAGAAAGAAAACGGACGCGCGUAUGUUUGGACAUCUUUCGAUCGGCGAGCUCAAUGUAGCGCAUGAUUUCUUGGUAAAGAAAGCGCAGUCGGAAUCGUUUGAAGAAGAGUUGAAAGUAUUACAAAAGGGAAGUGACGUCUCGAAACGGAGCAGAUUAAAAGCUUUUGAUCCCAGGAUUGAAAGAGGGUUUUUGGUUGUCGGAGGACGGAUUAAUCGAGCAGCAAUUCCUUACGAAUCGCGACAUCCGGUCAUCUUAGAUCCAAAACAUCAUCUAACACACUUAAUAAUUGAUGAGAUGCAUCGUGAAUACCAUCACCCACCCACGGAACAUCUGCUGAAUUUGAUUCGUCAAAAGUACUGGGUUAUUCACGGACGACAAAUGGUACGAAACCGAAAGUUUAAGUGCGGCUAUUGUCGAAGACAAUCAGUUAAACCACACGUGCAAAAAAUGGGAAAUCUUCCAGCUUGUCGACUAGAAGCUGGUGUGGUAUUUCAGAACACCGGAGUUGAUUUCUUCGGACCGAUGUUUGUCAAAGAAAAGCGGUCCACCCUCAAAGUUUACGGUUGUCUUUUCGUUUGUAUGGCUACUCGUGCGUGUCAUCUUGAGUUAGUAGAUGACCUUUCUACCGACCAUUUCCUAAUGGCAUUAAAACGAUUCAUGGCCAGGCGAGGACGGCCAAAACGAAUCUACAGUGAUAACGGAACAAACUUUGUCGGGGCUGAUAACGAGUUAAGAGCCUGCCUUACUCAACUCGACCAAGAGAAAAUACAUAAUUCGCUGACACCGCAGGGUAUAGAAUGGCAUUUCCAACCACCUUUGUCUCCUCAUUUUGGUGGUGCGUGGGAAAGAUUGGUCCAAUCUACAAAGAGAACCUUGAAAGCUAUCCUGAACGAUAGGGUUGUUGUAAAGGAGGCGCUCAGAACGGCGUUGGUAGAAGUUGAAGGAAUUCUAAAUAGUAGGCCUAUCACCCAAGUGUCUAGUGAUGCAAAUGACUGGGAGGCACUUACCCCAAACCAUUUGAUCCUCUUGCGUGCUAAUCCAGCUGUUGCUGAUGUUCAUGUUGAAGAUAAGGAGAUAAACUCUAGGAAAGUGUGGAGACAGUCGCAAGCUUUAGCGAAUUUCUUCUGGAAAAGAUUCAUUACUGAAUACAUUCCAAGUCAAACGAGGAGGAAAAAGUGGACGGAGAAAGCUCGUAGUAUGAAAGUCGGGGAUCUAGUUCUUGUUGCUGAUUCAAAUCAAUCUCGUGGGAUGUGGCCAAUGGGACGAAUAACGGUAGUCUAUCCCGGAGCUGAUAAAGUGGUUAGAGUCGUGAUGGUCAAGACGCCACAGGGAGAAUACAAAAGAUCAGUCACCAGACUAUGUCUUUUGGAAGAGGUGGACAGCGAUGAUGGUUGUCUCGGUGGUUCCUCGACUGGGGGUGGGGAUGUUCCCGCUUCUGGGGAUUGA